CGGUGGCGGGGUGAAUGAAGUGGGAGCGAUUCGUCCGCCCCCGCGCUUACCUACCAGGCCCAGCGGGGCCCGCCCCUCCUGCGCCCAGUCCAGCGCCCGCCAGACCGCCGCCUGCCGCUGCCCUGGACCCUGGCGUCCGGCUCCCCCCGUGCCAGGACCCCGCGUCGCGGACCCACGAUGGCCAAGCGCAGCUCGCUGUUCAUCCGCAUCGUGGAGGGGAAGAACCUGCCCGCCAAGGACAUCACGGGCAGCAGCGAUCCCUACUGCAUCGUGAAGGUGGACCACGAGCCCAUCAUAAGGACAGCCACUGUGUGGAAGACCCUGUGCCCCUUCUGGGGCGAGGAGUAUCAGGUGCACCUGCUGCCCACCUUCCACUCGGUGGCUUUCUACGUCAUGGACGAGGACGCCCUCAGCCGGGACGACGUCAUCGGGAAGGUCUGCCUUACCAGGGACACCCUGGCUACUCACCCUAAGGGUUUCAGUGGAUGGGCCCAUCUGACGGAGGUCGACCCUGAUGAGGAGGUGCAGGGCGAGAUCCACCUGCGGCUGGAAGUGGUGCUGGGGACCCGGGCCUGCCGGCUGCGCUGCUCUGUGCUGGAGGCCAGGGACCUAGCCCCCAAGGACCGGAACGGUGCAUCUGACCCCUUUGUCCGAGUGCGCUACAACGGCCGGACACAGGAGACCUCGAUCGUGAAGAAGUCACGCUACCCACGCUGGAAUGAGACGUUUGAAUUCGAGCUGGAAGAGGGGGCGGCGGAGGCGCUGUGUGUGGAGGCCUGGGACUGGGACCUUGUCAGCCGCAAUGACUUCCUGGGCAAGGUGGUGUUCAAUGUCCAGAGACUCCGGGCGGCCCAGCAGGAGGAGGGCUGGUUCCGGCUGCAGCCCGACCAGUCCAAGAGUCGGCGGGAAGAGGGCAACCUGGGCUCCUUGCAGCUGGAGGUGCGGCUGCGGGACGAGAUGGUGCUGCCCUCCAGCUGCUACCAGCCCCUGGUGCAGCUGCUCUGCCAUGAGGUGAAGCUGGGCACCCAGGUGAGGGGGCCCCUGGGGGAAGGUGGGAGGGUCCAGGGACAGUACGUGUGUCCUCCCUGUCCUUCUAAACCCACUCUGAAGAGCAGAGACCUGAGUUGUCAGGAUGGUAAGGCACCAGCCAGUGCCCAGGGCCCCUCCGUCCCUUGGGAAAGUGCCCCCCCCUUCCCCAUGGUCCUCUGCGGUCCUCAGAGUGAGGGGUUUGGCUUCCCCUGUGCGUCCUGCAGCUGCACCUCUCCUUGCUGCCUCCCGCAGAGCCCAGGGCAGCUGAUCCUACUCAUCGAGGAGACGACAAGCACGGAAUGCCGCCAGGACGUGGCCACCACCCUGCUCAAGCUUUUCCUGGGGCAGGGACUGGCCAAAGACUUCCUGGACCUGCUCUUUCAGCUAGAGCUGGGUCGCACCAGUGAGGCCAACACCCUGUUUCGAAGCAAUUCUCUGGCCUCCAAGUCCAUGGAGUCUUUUCUGAAGGUGGCUGGAAUGCGGUAUCUGCACGGCGUCCUGGGCCCCAUCAUUGACAGGGUGUUUGAGGAGAAGAAGUACGUGGAGCUGGACCCCAGCAAGGUGGAGGUCAAGGAUGUAGGGUGCUCCGGGUUGCACCGCCCGCAGACCGAAGCUGAAGUGCUGGAGCAGAGCGCGCAGACGCUGCGCGUCCACUUGGGGGCGCUGUUGAGCUCGCUCAGUCGCUCGGUUCGCGCAUGCCCUGCCGUGGUCCGCGCCACCUUCCGCCAGCUCUUCCGGCGCGUGCGCGAGCACUUCCCCAGCGCCCAGGACGAGAACGUGCCCUUCAUCGCCGUCACCAGCUUCCUGUGCCUGCGCUUCAUCUCUCCUGCCAUCAUGGCGCCCAAGCUCUUCCACCUGCGGGAGCGGCACGCGGACGCCCGCACCAGCCGCACCCUGCUCCUGCUGGCCAAGGCGGUCCAGAAUGUGGGCAACAUGGACACACCAGCUUCCAGGGCUAAGGAGGCUUGGAUGGAACCGCUGCAGCCCACGGUGCGCCAGGGCGUGGCCCAGCUGAAGGACUUCAUCACCAAGUUGGUAGACAUCCAGGAGAAAGAGGAGCUGGACCUGCAGCGGGCCCUGAGCCUGCAGGCGCCGCUGGUGAAGGAGGGGCCGCUCUUCAUACACAGGACCAAGGGCAAGGGCCCCCUCAUGUCUUCCUCCUUUAAGAAGCUCCACUUCUCCCUCACCACGGAGGCCCUCAGCUUUGCCAAGACACCCAGCUCCAAGAAAAGCACCCUCAUCAAGCUUGCUCAUAUCCGGGCAGCAGAAAAGGUGGAGGAGAAGAGCUUCGGCAGCUCCCACGUCAUGCAGGUCAUCUACACGGACGACGCGGGCAGGUCCCAGACUGCCUACCUGCAGUGCAAGUGUGUGAACGAGCUGAACCAGUGGCUGUCUGCACUGCGGAAGGUCAGCAUCAACAACACCGGCCUGCUAGGCUCCUACCACCCUGGAGUCUUCCGCGGGGACAAGUGGAGCUGCUGCCACCAGAGGGACAAGACAGAUCUGGGUUGCGACAAGACGCGGUCCCGGGUGACCCUGCAGGAGUGGAAUGACCCUCUCGACCAUGACCUGGAGGCUCAGCUCAUCUACCGGCACCUGCUGGGUGUAGAGGCCACGCUGCGGGAGAAGCACCGACAGCUGAGUGCGGACCCAGAGGCAGACCCUGUGCUCACGGGCCCCGGAGGAGGUUCCAGGCAGAGCUACCUACAACCCAGGAUGCCGCAUUCUUUUUGGAAGCCACCUGGAAAAAGGAGAGGGACAGAAGAGACUCCUGCCUGCCCUCAGUACAGGCAGGUACUGGAGGUCACCUCCUCCACCUGCCCAGGGAUUCCACACCACCACUCCCCCAGGAUCGCCAGGCCUGUUAUUCAUCCGGGGCUGGGGCAGAUGCCCCAGAUGUCUUGAGGGUCUGAUUGGGCCCUCAGAGGCCUACAGCCCAGGGGCUGGCAUUCAGUACAGGGCAGGCACCCCGGGAAGCCCUGAGUGGGCCCAGCUCACAUAGCAUAUGCGCCUUUGGGCCCAACUCGUAGGAAAUCUGGGCAAGUUCCCGCCAACCUUCUCUUGGGAAAUUCUUGUCAAAGUAGAAUUUUCAAAUAUGUUUUUAAAAAUGACUCAUAAAAAUGAAACUGUGCACCUCAGACUGGACUUGAACCCACACGGCUGGGACUUUGACCCUGCCAAGACCCACAGUCUUCCAACUGAGAUCACACACCUGGUUUCAGGACUUAAUGACGCUCAGGUUCUUGAUGUCUCAUCUCAGAAAGAAUUCAGUGAGAGACAAAGUGAUAGGUAAGAAGUGGAUUUAUUUAGAGAGAAACACACUCCACAGACAGAGUGUGGGCCAUCUCAGAAGGUGAGAAGGCACCAGGGUACAGGGUUGUCAUUUCUUAUAGGGGUGGGUAAUUUCAUAAGCUAAUGAGUGGGGGGAGUAUUCCAGCUAUUUUAGGAAGGGGCGGGGAUUUCCAGGAGUUGGGCCACUGCCCACUUUUUGAUCUUCAUGGUUGGUCUUGGAACUGUCAUGGCGCCUGUGGGUGUGUCAUUUAGCUUGCUGAUGUGAGCGUAUACUGAGGUUGAAGGUCUAGUGGAAAAAGUCGACUUGUCCGCCAUCUUGGACCCAUUGGGUUCUAAUCAGUUUAUAUCAUGUCCUUGGGCUAUGUCAUUCUUUCAAAGGUUGUGCCCUGCCUCCUUCCCUCCCGUUUCAAAAAUAUAGAAUGGGCCUUCCCUGGUGGCGCAGUGGUUAAGAAUCCGCCUGCCAAUGCAGGGGACAUGGGUUCGAGCCCUGGUCUGGGAAGAUUCCACAUGCCGCGGAGCAACUAAGCCCGUGCACCACAACUACUCAGCCUGCACUCUGGAGCCCAUGUUCCACAACAAGAGAAGCCACCGCAAUGAGAAGCCCGCGCACCGCAAUGAGUAGUAGCCCCCGCUUGCCGCAACUAGAGAAAGCCUGCGCGCAGCAACGAAGACCGAACACAGCCAAAAGUAAUAAAUAAAUAAUAAAUUUAUUUAAAAAAAUGUAUAGGGUAUGAACAUGUAUCAGAGAUUUAUUACACUCCAAGGAGGAAAUGAAUGUUUGGCAAAGCUAGUUCAUAGACUAUUUUGAGAGUCUGGGUAACGUUAGAAUAAGAUUGUGAUAUUAGAUUACAAAACUGGUUGAUGGAAUUAUCUUCUCUAUGGGAUGGAAACCUACAAGUUAAUAAGUGACUUCAACGUCUGGGCUCUAAUUGAAUAAUAAAUUUCAAAGUCAAACACAGGUGGCUUCCCUGGUGGCACAGUGGUUAAGAAUCCGCCUGCCAAUGCUAGGGGACAUGGGUUCGAUCCCUGGUCCGGGAAGAUCCCACAUGCUGUGGAGCUACUAAGCCCAUGCGCCACAACUACUGAGCCUGUACUCUAGCGCCCAUGAGCCACAACUACUGAAGCCCACGCGCCUAGAGCCCGUGCCGCACAACGAGAGGCCACUGCAGUGAGAGGCCCGCACAUUGCAAUGAAGAGUAGCCUCUGCUCGCCACAACCAAAAAAAGCCCGCGCAGCAACGAAGACCCAACGCAGCCAAAAAUAAGUAAAUAAAAAAUUAAAAAUUAAAAGAAAUAAAUUCUUAAAAAAAAAAAAAGUCAAACACAGGUCCAUUCCCCAAGCUUAGGGAUUGGCAAACUUUUUCGGCAAAGGCCCAGGCAUGCAGGUUUUGGUUACCAUUACUCUUGUAGCACAAAAGCAGCCACAGGCAAUGAGGAAACCAACGGGCAUGGCAUAUUCCAAUGCAACUUUAAAUACAAAAACAGGUGGCAGGCUUGAUUUGGUCCCGGAGCCCUCACAUUUUGACGAUCUCUGCCCUAGAUAUUUAUUUAUUUGUUUGUUUGUUUCUAAAACCCCUGUUUUUUUUUAAUGUAUGCUUUUUUAAAUUUUUAUUUAUUCAUUUUAUUUAUUUUUGGCUGCGUUGGGUCUUCGUUGCUGUGUGCGGACUUUUCUCUAGUUGCCGUGAGCCGGGUGGGGGGGCUACUCUUCGUUGUGGUGCUCUGGCUUCUCUUGUUGUGGAGCAGGGGCUCUAAGCACGUGGGUUUCAGUAGUUGCGGCAUGCGGGCUUAGUUGCCCCACGGCAUGUGGGAUCUUCCCGGACCGGGGCUCGAACCCACGUCCCCUGCAUUGGCAGGCGGAUUCUUAACCACUGCGCCACCAGGGAAGCCCUGCCCUAGAUAUUUAAAUAACCCCUGGUCAGGCCUGUUCAACAGUGCUCCAGUAUGGCAUUGUUGGGAUAUGCCACACACUCCCCCUUCCCCUUAUUUCCAAGGUUGGAAAAUGUUUCUUAGCACCCCAUGUUCUAGCCGCCCAUUCCACAGUGGUGCCAGGCAGACCUGUCUCCCUUAGACUAAGGAGAAGACGGGAAUGGCCAUUGGGACUCCUCUCGGGGCACACCAAAAUUGAGCUGCUGAAAACUCUUUGGGGGGCUGACAACUUCUGGAGCUCAGGAUCUCAUGUUGGUCAGAGAAUCAAAGGGCAAGUGUGACCAGAACUCCCUAGAGAGGACAGACUUCCACAGUGGCAGGGAGGGAAGCCCCUUCAGAGUUAAAAUCCUCUCCCCAUCCUGUCCCGUAGCCCAGUUAAGACCAGGCCAGCCUCAUCACCGCCAGGUCCCUGCAAUCCUGGCAAUGGUAGUGUUGCAAGAAAAGGUGGGGCACAAGAGGAUGGUCAGGUCCCAGGUCUCAGGUGAGUUCCUGGGACGGGUGGCCAAGUAUGGGUUCUCGGCUUCUUGCAGGAAAGAAUUCAAGAGCGAGCCACAGUAAAGUGAAAGCAGGUUUAUUCAGGGAGAUACACAUUCCAUAGACUGAGUGUGGGCCAACUCAGAAGGCAAGAGGCCCCAGGGUAUGGGGUUGUCAGUUUUUAGGAGGAGGGGAAUUUCAUAGACUAAUGAGUGGGAGGAUUAUUCCAACUAUUUGGGGAAGGAGCGGAGAUUUCCAGGGGUUGUGACCCACUUUUUGGCCUUUUAUGAUCAGCCUUAGAGCUGGCAUGGUGCCUGUGGGUGUGUCAUUUAGCAUAUGCUGACGUAUCGCAAUGAGCGUAUAAUGAGGCUCACGUUCUACUGGAAGUAGAUUCUUCGCCAUCUUGGGCCUAAUCAGUUCUAACUACUUUAUGUCCUCAGAGGCUAUGUCAUUCGUUUAAAGUUUGUGCCCUGCCCCCUUCCUUUCUCAGUAGUGUCAACUGAAAAAAGAAAUGCGCAACCUAAAGGUUGAGAGUUAUGUUUUAUUCGGUGGACAUACUGAGGACUUCAAGCCGGGGAGGCAGCAUCUUAAGUAACCCCGAGUCGGAAAAAAAAAAAAAAGUAACCCCGAGAAAACUGCUCUGAGGAGGUGAGGGGGAGCCAGGAUAUAUAGGAGUUUUGCAAAAAAGGGCAGGUAGUCUGAACAUCAAGAGAUUACUGUUAAUUAAAGAAAACCAGAUACCUCAAGUUAAGGAAUUUAGCGCUUUUCUUUGUAUGGGAAGAUGUAAGAGUCUGGGCUCACCAAAAUCAUUCCUUUGAUAUGUACCUCAGCUAUGUGGGGCCAGUAUCCCGUGCUUUCACAUCCUGCGUUUCAUCAAGCUGACCCUUGGGGUUGGCUGCAGUCUGAUGAUGGCUGGCUGGCCGAUAUUCUUUGUUUCCUUCCUGAGUUCCCUCAGGGCUCACCGUUGGGGGCAGGGCUGCAAUGGCUGACAGCUGCGGCAUCUUUUGUUUACUGACAUGGCAGGCAACAUUUUAUUUCUCAGUAGCGUCCUUGGCCCAAACUUUCCCAGGAUGACUCAGACGGGUGAAGGGGCAUCAUUACUGUCAUUGCCUUCUAUUCCUCCGCAGUUAAAGAGGCCCCCACCCACUUGGCCUGGAGAGUCAAGGUUGGUGUGGGCCUCCAGCAAAUGACAUUUUCUCACCCCAGGUCUCAAAGCUUAAGUAGGAAAGAGUCCUUCCCGGGAAGUGGUGGGGGAAGCUCCAGAUUUCCUUGGGGGCUCCUCAGCUGUUCCCCAGCCUUGAAGAAACAGCUGGAAAGCUGUUAGGGCUUCAGUAGCUAAUCUGAGACCCCAGCCCCUGUUGCUUCAAACCGCUCAGGUGGGACUUUUAUGCUAAGCUGUAGUCUGCAAAAUAUCAACCAACCAAAACCGACUCAUACACUUACCCCUUCAAGUUCCUCUCAUACGUGUGUUGACUGAAAACAAAACAAAAACAAAAAUGCACAACCUAAAAGUUGCGAGUUAUGUGGGAUUUAAAAAAUAUAUUUUUUAAAUUUUAAUUUAUUUAUUCAUUUUUUGGCUGUGUUGGGUCUUCGUUGCUGCAAGUGGGCUCCUCUUUGCUGCGGUGCGCGGGCUUUUCAUUGCGGUGGCUUCUCGUGUAGCGGAGCACGGGCUCUAGAGCGCAGGCUCAGUAGUUGUGGCGCACGGGCUUAGCUGCUCCGCGGUAUGUGGGAACUUCCCGGACCAGGGUUCGAACCCGUGUUCCCUGCACUGGCAGGUGGAUUCUUAUCCACUACGCCACAAGGGAAGCGCCUUAUGCGUGAUUUUUUGGGUUUUUGGCCGUGCCACGUGGCUUGUGGCAUUCUAGUCCCCUGACCAGGGAUCGAACCUGGGCCCCAGCAAUGAACGCGCCGAGUCCUAACCACUGGACCUCCAGGGAAUUCCUGCGAGUUGUGGGGGUGGUUUUUUGUUUGUUUUCUGCGUGGUUUUUUUGCCGCAGUGAGCGGCAAGCGGAACUUCCCCGACCAGGGAUCAAACCUGUGCCCCCUGUGGAAGCUCAGAGUCUUAACAACUGGAUCACCAGGGAAGUUCCUGCGAGUUAUGUUUUAUCGAGGACCUUACUGAGGACAAUAGCCUGGGAGACAGCCUCUCAGAUUGCUCUGCGGAACUGUUCCAAAGAGGUAAGGGAGGAGCCAGGAUAUAUAGUUUUUUGCUGAAAAACAAACAAAACACUUGUAGUCAAACAUCAAAAGAUUACCGCUAAUCACAAAAGAGAGACAUCUCAAGUUAAUGAUUUCAGCAGUUUUCUUCGGAAGAUGAAAGAAUCUGGGCAUUGAAAUGAUUCCUAGAUAUGCAUUUUAACUAUCUACGCCCAGUAUCCUGUUUUUCUCCAUCCUGAAUUCCCCUCAGGGCACACCGUCAGGGGCUGAUGGCUUGAUGGCGGCAACAUUCUUUGUUUAUUGAAAUGGCAGGCAACAUUUUUUUGUCCCCACCAGCAUACACUUGCCGCCUCCCCGGCCCUCACCCAACUGCUCCCCUAACAAGGACCUCGCUAGGCUACAAGCCCACCUGGUAAACCAGUAACAACCCAGCCAGGAGUCUUGUAGCAGCUUGCCUUGGCAGGUGGAUUAUCCAUACACAACAGUCUAGCCCAGGGGAGGCUUCUUCUGCCCCGGCUGGUCACACCUGCCCACUAACCCAAGGCUCCAUUCUCCAUUCAAGAACCUCUUGCCAUGUAUUCCAAGGGCACAUUUCCAAAGAGGGAUCAAGGGGCAAAGGGAGCAGAGAGAAGAGUUCAGGGUUCCGGCUUAGCCUAGACAGAGAUGUCUCAAAAGAGCUGCCCCCAGCGUUAGGAGCAUGCGUCAAAACAUGCCCGCAGGUAAGCCCAGGAGAGGACCUUCCCGACUCACGCAUGCGCAGAGCCACCAGCUCCUCUCCCUCCGGCAGGCUUUUCUCGCGCCUGCGCAAGAUCCUCCAGACCGAUAGAGGGCAACGAGCCGAUCCUCACACGGGUUUGGCACUACCGGCAUAAUCCGGAAACAGCCGCUAACCCGGAAGUGGCCGAGUUAUAUAGGUCGAGUUCUGGAGGUGGUGGCGGCUGUGUGUGAGGGUUGGGAGGCUGCUGCGACGCUAGGAUGAACGCGCCUCCCGCCUUCGAGUCGUUCUUGCUCUUCGAGGGCGAGAAGAAG